AUGUUUCUCUACGAUCACCUUUCACGAGAUGAGUCGGAAAUCAGGCUUGUUCGUUUCCACGAACACUCUAGUUCUAAGCCUGGUUUUUCGCUCGAGCUGCACCAUGCCUCCAUGAGCGAGACCAGCUAUUCAGCUCUAUCCUACGUCUGGGGAGACGUCUCAGACACGGUCGAGAUUAGCGUCAAUGGCUCCUCCCUUAAAAUUAGUCGCAAUCUCCAUGCUGGACUUGAGCAACUGCGAGAAAAUGGCGUUCGCGACUGGCUCUGGAUCGACUCAAUAUGCAUUCAGCAGUCUGAUCUCGAUGAAAAGAGCUAUCAAGUUGGCCUAAUGCGAGCCAUCUUUAGCAAUGCAGAUCGCGUGUACUCUUGGUUAGGUCCAGGCUCAAAUGGGAGUGAUGCAGCAAUGGACUUUAUCUCUCGCAUCGGCCCAACAGCCAUGAAGUUUGAAGGAUUUGAUUUACUGCCCAGGGAUGACAGGGUCAUUGCUUACCUCAAUAAUCCAGCUUCCUACAAUGAUUCUACAGGGAAUGAUGGCAACGUCUUGGGAUAUGCACAUCUUAUACACGAUAUCCUCCACCAGCCAGAUCUACGAGGCAAAGAUCAUGGUGACGAGGGUCUCGCCGCCGGGAUUCAGGGCCUGAUGGAAAGAGACUACUGGCAUCGGAUCUGGAUCAAUCAAGAAGUUGCUCUUGCGAAAGAGGUCAUCAUCGUGUGCGGCACCAGAACUAUGCCGUUGAGAAUUCUUGAAGCUACUCUGAGCGUCAUCGAUGCUUGCUAUGCUCGCUAUCGCUUUCACAGCCCCGAAACGAGAGACUUUGGCAGGGGCUUGCACAGUAACUUUUCCUACAAUUUGGCUAUGGAAACACGUUCUCGGAAGCUUCGUGGGCACCAGAUAUACCUAGACGACCUCCUCUUUCACCAUAUGGACCCUCCAGAUCGUCCAUUUUACUCGGCUACAGACCCUAGAGAUAUUGUCUUUGGGCUACUGGGCGUCACUACGGACAACGAUCGUCUGGGUAUUCAGGUAGACUACAGAGCGAGCAUGGCUGAAGUGUUUACUGCCACGACGAGAGCAUUUAUAGAAAACGAUGGCAGGUACUGGGGAUCGUACAAGCUCGACAGCUGCGUUCCAAAGGAGCAGUGUGAUGAUGGCUUGCCUUCAUGGGUCCCCGACUGGCGAGAUAUGGGGAAAAAUGGAAUCUCGGAAGACCCAAUCAACAUGUCGAUACAAUUCGACGCGACUCAAGGAGUUCCGGUGCCUCCUGUUCCUCGAACUAGCACCGAUGACAGCCUCGGAAUUCUUCGCCGCCAUGGGUGCCAGGUUGAUAUCAUUACAGAAGUCAUGCAGCCACGCAAAGAGACUUGUGGAACAGACCGCCCAGCUAUGGAUCUCUCAAACACGGACCCUCGACUACAGUCGAUUUGUGAUUUCAUGAAUCUUGGAACUGAAAUCGGCCCUGGAGAGGACUACAUAUGGCGAGUCCUCCUGGCGCCCCAUUGGUACAGGAGAAUAAAUGCCUCCAUGAGCAAAGACAUUGCUACUUUGGUCCGAAAGAUUAUGCGCCGGAGUCCUAUUGACACCGAUCAGUUGACUUCAGAACAGACAAACUUUAUCCAUGAUUUACGAGAUUUCUGGAAUAAGCCCCCUGAGGUCGAUGACGUUUCCGCCCAGCUUGCUAAUGCUCGCAAGAGACUCCAAGAGCACGAGAAACUUUUCAACUACUCUAGGACUCUCUUCAAGACACCUAAGAGCAUGCUUGGGCUCGGAUACAAGAUGGUUCGACCUGGUGAUUUGGUUACUUUGCUCUGGGGAGUGAAGUCGCCAAUCAUCUUACGACCGCGAGUUGGCGGAGGGUUUACUUAUGUGGGAGAUGCGUAUAUCGAUGGAAUUAUGCAUGGGGAGUUUCUAGAAACCCAGCCUGUUGACGAGGAAUUUGAGAUUUAUUGA